AUGCACCCAUGCUUCCGAGUUUCCCAACUUACUCGUGGUCUCCAUAAGAGCGCCGCAGCAGCUGCGAACAAGUCCCUGGCGGACUUGGAGCACGUGGCAACGCAUUGCGCGACAUUCACAACCGUUUCACGCUUCUAUCUCCCCAUAAUCUAUGCCAAUCUUGACCCCAACGAUAUUCCCGGUCGACCUUAUCCCACUAAUCAUAAUCAUAAUGCCGAAUCCCCUCCUGAGCCCAUCCUUCGCGCUCUACACGCCAUUCGUAUCCUGCCCAACGUCGUUGCCGCGCCGGAGGCAGCCAAAUUGGAGCUCUGGCCGCGUCUAUGGCCAUGGCUACAAUUAAUCGAAAGACAAUCGACUGCAGGCCGGAUUCAGUUGGCACCCACCGUUGCUGAGGCCGCCAUCAUUUUGCUCCGCCCCGUCGCCUAUCUCAGACCUCCCUGUCAACCAGCCAUUCUGACGUUCUAUGGUCGGAUUUGGUACAACCUGGGUAGAGAGGUCCGCGAAGAAACGAGAGGAGCAACUGUUCUCCUACAUCGACUGCUUUCGUCGUCUACACCAACUCCACCAGAUAUCGUGAACGCGCUUGCAUCCGAUCUUCCCAAUAAAGCCCAUGAUCUCACGGCUCUCAUCGUCCAUGACUUCUCGUUCCAACCUACUUCCGACACAUUCGACAUAACGAACUCCCUCUUUCGUGUGGUCAUCCUCUGCAUGAAUUCCAGCCAUUCGGAGACGCUUUUCGAGGCUGGCGUGAUCAAAGCCCUGACCAAGCUUGUUCGCUCGCUCAACACCGUCAACGCGACUACGAUGAUCAUCAGCGCUCUUGAUCUGCUCAUUAUAGUGAUUGGAAAGGAAUACAUGUACCCACAUCUCUGCGAGGCCGUUGCUUCUGGGCUCUUGUCUGCUCUUGUGGCUAUCUUGAAGAAUCGAGCCGUUGACGGCAUACCACGAGCGACGCUCCUACAUCUGCUUCGCGAUCUUCUCCCCAACGCACUCGUUUAUCGUAGCAUUGCGCGCUGGUCCAGCACCCAUAGCUUCCCCACGGUGGACUUGUCUGAAAUUCGGAAAGACAGAGACAUUCGUGACGCAUGGAUCUCUUUGGAAGGUCUGUUUGCCGAGGCUGGCGAGAGCUUCCGUGUCUACCGAUCUUGCGAUCCACAGCGGCAAAUGUGUGAGAACCCUCAGUGUAAAAGCAUCAAGCCUCUCACCGAGCUCAAACGUUGCGCAGGCUGUGGUAUCUCUCUGUUCUGCGACAAAGCCUGUCAACGCGCUGCUUGGAAGGGACGACAUCGUCAAAUAUGCAAAGCGGUGGUGGCGAAUCCGAUGACGACGGGACCUGGGCUAUCCUGGUGUCUUCGGGAGAGCAAAUACCAUCGCCACCUCGUGUUCACGGACUAUCUGCUCCACAAAUUCGACAUCCUUCUUGACCAGCUGCGACUGAUUCACCGCCACGGACCACGGGUGCGCUUUGUCACCGUCUUCGACUACCUCCAUCGUACGGCAGAGGCCCCCGUGACCAUUAGCGUCCUGCUACUAUCGGCGCCUGAGCUUGCUGGGUCCCGGUAUCACCGCUUAGACUGGGGGGACCGGCUUCAGACUGGCUAUCACCGGAUUGUCUUCGACGGGGGCAGCGCAUCCCGCGUUGUUCUUAAAGAAGUCCCGCUUAUGUCGUCGGGCACCGAGCUCACUGAUGGGCUGCUGGCCUUGUCGGAGCUGAUUCCAGAGGGCGUUCGGUUGCCAAACAAGUCGGAGCUCGAGACGGAAUUUCCGAAUGUCUAUCGUGGGCUGGCUCAAUUGUGCGAAUUGGAGUUGGACGAAGUUUACUAA